GCCAUGGCGACCUGCCUGCGGCUCCGGAGCUGCCCGGCUCCGCACCUCCGGCGGGCACCUCCCAGCCGGGUCUGCCGCCCCCGUGCCGACUGCCCGGUGGCCCCGAUCCGCGGCUACGCCCGAGGCCCGGCGGGCCUCUCCGAGGCCCUGCUGCGCACCGACGGCUUCGUGGGCGGCCUCUGGGUCUCGGCAGCCGCCACCUUCCCGGUGCACGACCCGGCCAGCGGCGCCGAGCUGGGCUUGGUGGCCGACUGCGGGGUGCCGGAGGCCCGCGCCGCCGUGCGCGCUGCCUACGAGGCUUUCUGCAGCUGGAGGGGGGUCUCGGCCAAGGAGAGGAGUUCUUUACUUCGCAAGUGGUAUGACUUAAUGAUACAAAAUAAGGAUGACCUUGCCAAGAUAAUUACAGCUGAAAGUGGAAAGCCACUGAAGGAGGCACAGGGAGAAAUUCUCUAUUCUGCCAACUUCCUGGAAUGGUUUUCAGAGGAAGCCCGCCGUGUUUACGGAGACAUUAUCUCCACCCCAGCAAAAGAAAGGAGGGCUCUUGUCCUCAAGCAGCCCCUCGGCGUGGCUGCAGUCAUCACCCCGUGGAAUUUCCCCAGCGCCAUGAUCACGCGGAAGGUGGGGGCCGCCCUGGCAGCCGGCUGCACGGUCGUGGUGAAACCUGCCGAGGACACGCCCUUCUCCGCCCUGGCCUUGGCGGAGCUUGCAAACCAGGCUGGAAUUCCCCCAGGUGUGUACAACGUGAUUCCUUGCUCUCAAAAGAAGGCCAAGGAAGUAGGGGAAGCACUUUGUACAGAUCCUCUCGUGUCUAAAAUUUCCUUUACUGGUUCCACAGCCACUGGAAAGGUCCUGUUGCACCAUGCAGCAAACUCCGUGAAGAGGGUGUCCAUGGAGCUGGGUGGCCAUGCCCCGUUCAUCGUCUUCGACAGUGCCAACGUGGACCAGGCUGUUGCCGGGGCCAUGGCCUCCAAAUUUAGGAACUCUGGACAGACUUGUGUUUGCUCCAACCGUUUCUUGGUGCAAAGCGGUAUCCACGACUCCUUUGUGAAAAAAUUUGCUGAGGCAAUUAAAACAAACCUGCAUGUGGGUAAUGGAUUUGAAGAGAGAACUACUCAAGGCCCGUUAAUUAACGCAAAAGCUGUGGAAAAGGUAGAGAAACACGUGAGUGAUGCCAUUUCCAAAGGGGCCACCGUUGUGACAGGUGGGAAGCGACACCACGUUGGGGAAAAUUUCUUCGAGCCCACCCUGCUCAGCAACGUCACCCGAGACAUGCUCUGCUCUCAGGAAGAGACUUUUGGGCCUGUGGCGCCUGUUAUCAAGUUCAACACAGAGGAGGAGGCGGUGGCGAUCGCUAACGCAGCCGACGUCGGUCUGGCAGGUUAUUUUUACUCUCAAGACCCGGCCCAGAUCUGGAGGGUGGCGGAGCGGCUGGAAGUCGGCAUGGUUGGUGUUAAUGAAGGACUCAUCUCCUCCGUGGAGUGCCCUUUCGGCGGGGUGAAGCAGUCCGGCCUUGGGCGAGAAGGCUCCAAGUAUGGCAUUGACGAAUAUCUGGAGCUCAAGUACGUGUGCUUCGGAGGCUUAUAGGAUUCUUCAGAAAAUAAAAAGGGAGGCUUACCUAUGUAUGGGGACGUGCCAUCCAUUAUUUUAAAUAAACCCAUAGGGUAGGUGAACUAGGAAUUAAAAAAAAAAAAUCAUCCAAUCCUUUUAAGCAGAUACAGAUCCUACCCCUCCCCUUAGCUGAUGUGGGACCAAUACAUGCCACAAGCCUGUGGCCACAGAUCCCUGAGAACCAGCAGUGGGUUUAUAGGAUGAGGCCCCGGAUCGCCAGCCCCCACGCCCCCACCCACGACCUCGUCUGCCGCAGAGCAAGGUGCAACAAGCUGGUCCUGCAGCCCCCUCACCACGGUGGGACCACAGCCCAGGCAAUGACGUAGCCAGCACCCACAUGGCUCUGGAGUUAAGACCCAGGGGGCUGCGGGGGACACCUCUGAGCGUGACUGACAGGCUGGGCAGGAUGCCGCUGCAUGCCUGGGGACCCCCCAGCCGGGUAUUCCGAGGUGUUGCUGCAGUGGCUGAAUCAGCGUGGUUUUUUUUUUUUUUUUUAAAGAACUUUAGACACAGCACAGAAUUGCCUGAAUUUCUUUGAGAAAUGAAAGAACCCCACUCUUUUUGACUAGUUUUUAAACCGAAGGCUCCAUCAUCCUCAAUGGCUUAAAGAUUCUGUGUUCACUUCUGUGCUGUUUCUCCACAUCAUGUUUCUGAGAAAAUAAGCAUAAAGCAGAGCAUAGCGGCAGCAGCUUAGUGGGAGGAUGGCCCACAGGUAACGGCCUGGCCAGGCUUUGUCUGCACAGACAUGCUGUCUACCCCCCACACCCACCCCUCAGUACAGUGGAGAUUCUGUUCAUGCCUUACUUAGCUCCAUGGGAUACUGUGAACGUAAGAGAAAGCAAACAUAAUAUUUGCCAAAAAGUGAAAAUUCGAUGUUAAGUGUGGGAGUCAGCAUUAUUAUGGGUAGCACUUCCCAGCCCGGCUUGGGUCUCCAGCAGUGGCUUUGCCAAGGUGAGGGGAGGCUGGUACCCACCUGCUCGGCUCCUGAGCCGCAGGGAAGGCUGGUCUCCCACAGCUGCUCUUUAGGAGCCUGGUGGGCUGCCGUCUAUGGGGUCGCAUAGAGUCAGACACGACUGAAGUGACUUAGCAGCAGCAGCAGCAGCUCCUUCACCUGCAGAGAGACAGCAACAGCGCUUUGAGCACAAUGAUCUCCAAAGGGAAAAGAAUUUCCAUAGUUGCCGGGUGGAAGAGGCACUUUUUAUCCAAAGAGUUUUUAUAGUUCUUUUAAAGACAAAAAGCCCAAUGAUCACUGUUUCCUGUUGCUCUGAAAGAAAAACUCUGAUUAAGAAAACCGAGUCUAAACGUCCUCAUACAUGAGGAAAGGGGAGGCCGGUCCUGAUGGAACAGACAGGGAUGAAGCUCCCCCUUUUCCACUAUGUGUGUGUGUGUGUGUGUGUGUGUGUGUGUGCGCGCUCCACUGACAUCCUCUGGAUGUCUUGGGGAGCGGAAGGAAAACAUGCAUGAAAGGAGUGCUGGAGGCUGCUCCUGGACCAGCCAGGACAUGGCACCCCUCACUGAGCCAUGGGGAGCUGAAGAGAUAAAGGUCUGAGAUGUCUCUGGGCACAGAGAUACCACGGCCAGUCCCAGAGCUGGCUUGUAUUUGCCCUGGGUUACAUCAGCCAUCCGCCUGAGGCCCAGCUAAGGAAUCAGCUGAAGUCAACCUCCUGGUGACGGGCACUGCUCAGACCCUGUCCACAAUCACAUACACAUCAUAUUGACAGUGAAUUUGCACUUACUAGUUCUGGGGUUGUUUCAUGUAACAUUUUAAUUACUUAAUGUUUGGAUGUGUCCAUCUGUUCUCUAUUAACAAUAAAAAUGCUCUAAAUAGUUUUUAGAAGUCCAGAAAACUAGUGCUUGAAAUGUUUGGGGGAAUACAUUCAAAUAUGUUUGUAACUUUGUAACUCAGUAGCUGCUUUGGCUUGAUGGCAGAUUUUGAGUUUUCUAGUAUAUCUGUUUGACCAGGUACAUAAAUUGAGGGCCAGAGACUCACUGCAAUAUCCUUGAUUAAUUUUGGAAUUAAAAUAAUUUGAAAAGGCAAUAGCUUACUGUUUAGUAAAAUUGAUCUGGAUUGUGGGGAAAGAUGUAUUUUUUAAAUAAACAUUUUUGGGGGUUAUUGUUCAGUAAGGUGAUCGAUUAUGUGAUAGAAUAUGUGAUGGAUUUGUUAAAAAGUGUGUGUUUUUAACGUGAAAUAGAAAAGGAUCAUUAGACUGGAGGUUGGCUUACAGGCCAAAUGUGGCCUGCUGUCUGCUUUUGUACAACCCAGAGCUAAGAAUGGUUUUUAUAUUCCCAAAUGGUUAGGGGAGGAAAACAAUCAAAAGAAUAGUAUUUCAUGACACAUGGAAAUUUUCUGAAAUUCAGAUAUCAGUGUCCAUAACUCUUUGCUAUCUUUGUGGACUGUAGUCCACCAGGCUCCUCUGUCCAUGGAAUUCUCCAGGCAGUACUGGAGUGGAUAGCCAUUCCCUUCUCCAGGGGAUCUUCCCAACCCAGGGAUCGAACCUGGGUCUCCUGCACUGCAGGAGGUUCAUUACCAUCUGACCCACCAGGGAAGCCCCAAAUAAAAUGUUAUUGGAACCCACCCACACCCAUUCAUUUACCGUAUGAUCUGUGGCUACCUUCUAGGCAGAGUUGAGUAUCUGUACCACAGUUUUUUACAGAAACAGUUUGCCAGCCUCUGAUCUAAACCAAGAGGAAGACAUUGACUUUCCCAAGUUUAUGAGGCAUUAUUUCAUUUUAUUGACCACCUACUGUGUAAAAAGUACUUUUCCAGGCCUUGCUCCAGUGAAUUCUCACCAAGAAUUUUCCAGCAAUGGUCACAUAACUCAUACGAAAUCACCCAGAUAACGGGAGUCUGUUGGCCUUGAGAAAACACUUCUCAGUUAACUUUUCCCAGCUACGCAGGGAUUCUCAAUUUAAACCUCCUCUGUACCUGUUAUCUUUAUCCAGUUGAGUAGCUUUUAAACAUAAUUUUAUGUCAAGUGUUGGCUCAUCUACCUUUAAUUUUUAUGGAAAGACUUAGUGAAAGAUCAGAAGCACAAUGCAGAUAAAUCUGUUUUACUGUAAACUUAGAUCAUUAACUUUAAACUCUGCCACAUGACUGCCUUCUCUGCAGGCUGAAGCCCAGGGCUUUAAUUAUUCAUAUGCGGCUAUGAUAGAUAGCAUUUUACUUGAAUAAUAUUUAUGCUGUGGUUUUUUUUUUUCAUGCUGUAUUUUGUGGGAUAAAACUUGGGGAUAAGUGUAGUUAGAACUGUGAAAACAUUUUGUUUUUUAAAAAUGUACAUGUAAUUCACUGUCCAGUUUUUUAUAACUGUGUAUGUGUGUCAAUGCAGCAGAGUUGUGUGUGUGUGAUUAAUAAAGGUUGAAUUAACAGAA